CCGCCUCCAGCCGCCGCUCUCUGCCUCGGGCGACGGGGGCAGCGGGAGGAGACGCGCCGGACCUCGCCCUUCUGCUCGGCGGGGCCGCAGCCGGCGGCACGGCGAGGUUUUCAUACUUGCUGUGGUUCUUCGGAUUUGUUAUUUUCUUGAAAUGGUAGGACUAGGAAACAGCUGUCGUGGGAUGAAGUCUCCACCACUCCUCAUGGCGGCACUCGUGGCUUGCAUAAUUGUUUUGGGUUUCAAUUACUGGAUUGCAAAUUCUCGCAGCAUGGAUCUGCAGGGUCGAGUCAUGGAUCUGGAAGGCAAAGUCCGCAGGGCAGCAGCGGAGAGGGGUGCUGUGGAGCAAAAAAAGAAUGAAUUCCAAGGGGAGCUAGAGAAGCAGCGACAGCAGAUUGACAAAAUCCAAUCCUUGCACAGCUUUCAGAUGGAGAAUGCCAACAGAGCACAUCAGGAAGAGAAGGCAAUACUAGUGAGUAACAUCACAGUAAAUGAUCGAUUGAUUCAGAGUCUACGAGAACACUUGAAAGACUUACAGACAGAAUAUGGAAAGCUACAGCUGGAUGUUUACUCGUUUCAGAAGAACCAGACUAACCUUCAGAGGAAAUUCUCCUAUGACCUGUCACAGUGUAUCAACCAGAUGAAAGAAUUAAAAGAACAAUGUGAAGAAAGGAUAGAUGAGCUUACAAAAAAGAGUAGUGGUAUACCACAAAUCAAAGAAUACAAAGGCUUCACAGAAGAUAGCCAGGUCGAUACUCCACUGCCAGCCUUGAAACAAGCAGGGUUCAAGCAGGAUGACUUGGAACAGGAGAAAAAAAGUGAAGAUAUUCCUAAAGCAGUACCUACAGUAAGAAAGACAGACCUGGAGCAGGCUGAAGAAAGAACAGACAGCCUAACUGACAUCAGAAAACAGGGGCGUAAGGCAGAAGAGGAGCAGCUUUCUAGUCAGUUGGAUAAACCUCAAGAGUCACUCAAAGCUGCUGCAGGUCCCAAGGAGGUGCUGCCUGAGUCAGAGAAGGAGCCAAAGCCACCUGAGGAUGAGAAACAUGUACCUGGGCAAGAUAUGUCAGAGCCAGCUGCCAGUGAGGAAGCUGAGAGGGAACAGUUCCUGAAUUAUGAUGAUAAGCAGGAUGACUUGCUCCCUGGAAAGGCUGACAAACAGGAACAUGAAGCAGUGAACCAGGACAAGGAUGUUGAUUACAAUUUAGAUGUGAAUGAAGCUGAAUCAGAAACAGACAAGCAAGCAGCACUUGCAGGGAUUGAAAAUGUUCAAAAUCCUGAAGAUAUGAAGAACCACUUACCUGACCAUGGUGAAGGACGACAGAGGUUGUGAACCAAGGAAGUUCAUGAUGCAACUGAGUCACCUCUUCAUCCAAAUGCAGAAAUGAUCCAAGCAAACUGAUCUUGGAAGGUUUUGAUUAUCUUCUAAAGGCCUGACCAAGGGACCAAACAAAGUCGUGUUUUUCUUGUGAUGUUUUAGUACUGUUGCAGUGGGGAAAAGAGGUAAAUCUCUGGAGGCUCGUUUCAAAGCAGUUUGGCCUCUGCAAUGACUUUCUUCUUUGUAUCAAUUACAAAAUUGCAAUCAGGUAGCAACUUUGAAGGUAGUAACUUAGAAGUCGGCUACCUUGUAGAGCCAUACUACAGUAAGCUGUGUGUGGAUUGGUGAUAGAUGAUGAGCAGUCUUCUGCCAAGGAUGAAUCUCUCCCCUGAGCGAUGCAUAGUAGAGAAAUCCCCAGCUUAGUUUUAAGCAUUUAAGAAGGAGCUGUUACUGUGACAAAACACAGGAAAGGUGAAAACUGCAACCUACCCUUCUGCCUGUUCUGUCCGCUUUUUACUGCAACACACACUGAGAAAAUACAACAGUAGUCCUCAGAUACUAAGCAGAAUGAUAUAUGUACCCAGGUCUCUAAAUUAAAUUCCUAGACUACACUGUCAAGAGGUGUUCUUAGCUUCAAAGUUAAAAAAACCCCAAACAAACAAACAAACCCAAACAAAAACCACACACACACACACACACACGCAAAAACCCAACAA